GUAUGUGGAGCGAGCCAUCGAGUACAGGCUGCACGAAAUCGAUCGGCAGGUGGCGGCGGUGCGUGAAGGCAUGUCUUGGAUCGUGCCGGUGCCGCUGCUGUCCCUGCUGACGGCCAAGCAGCUGGAGCAGAUGGUGUGCGGCAUGCCGGAGAUCUGCUGCGACGUGCUGAAGAAGGUGGUGCGCUACCGAGAGGUGGAUGAGCAGCACUCGCUGGUGCAGUGGUUCUGGCAGACGCUGGAGGAGUUCUCCAACGAGGAGCGAGUCCUCUUCAUGCGCUUCGUCUCGGGGAGAUCCAGGCUGCCCGCCAACACGGCCGACAUCUCUCAGAGGUUUCAGAUCAUGAAGGUGGACAGGCCGUACGACAGCCUGCCGACCUCUCAGACGUGUUUCUUCCAGCUGCGUCUGCCUCCGUACUCCAGCCAGGCCGUCAUGGCGGAGCGUCUGCGUUACGCCAUCAACAACUGCCGCUCCAUCGACAUGGACAACUACAUGCUCUCCCGUAACGUUGACAACGCCGAGGGCUCCGAUACGGACUACUGAACCCAGCAGGAAUGAAAGAAGAAACACACACACACACACAUAUUAAAGAAAGAAGAAACACACACACACACACACACACACACACACACACACACAGAGAGAGAUGCAUCGCCAUCACUGCACCAGUUGUAGGGAACUCCUGAGCAAGAUGGGCCACUUUUUACUUUUCAUUUUAUGUAUACUUUCAAAAAAAAAAGAAAAAGAAAAAAGAAAAAACAGCACAAAGUUUCAUUUCUCUUUGUGGUUUAUUAGCAGUUUUUAAAAAUGACACAAAAAUCCACAUGAGAAGUGCAUUUAGUGUUAAUUUUUUUUUUUUUUCCUUUUUUUUUUUCUUUUUCUUUUUUUUUUUCUCAUUUACUCCACAUCCCAUUUUCAGGGUUUCUGCAUGGAGGUAUGUUUAUUUGUUUGGACAUGUGUAUAGAAUAUUCAAAAGCAAAGGUGAUGGAGGGAAGAAAAAAAAAAAGGAAUAUUGUACAUUGUGUAAAAUGCUUCAUUAGGAAAAAUGUUUUGCAUAAUAUCCAUAUUUAUUGUUUUCAUUGCCUAUGCCGAGUUUCCCAAAGCAUUACAGAAGAAGAAAAAAAAGACAAAAACUACAAUAAAUGCUGCAUAAUUGAA